CACACUUCUCUCUCAAGUCUCAACACACAUUCCUCAAUUCUCUCUUUCACUCAAACUCAAAACGCUGCGUUUUACUCUGACUUUAAAAAAAAAACUACACCAAUUUCGCGUUUACGAACGAAAUGGAAGCACAAGAUUACUUUGUCGGUGGCUACUACGGUGCCGGUGAAAACCAAUUCUCGCCGGAGAAACGUCACGGUGACCAGAAACCACCGUGUGAGCCUUUCGCCAUUGAUGAUUUACUUGAUUUUUCAAAUGCUGAUGUGAUUAUGUCUGACGGUUUCUUCGAUAACAAUGUCGCCGGAAAUUCCACCGACUCUUCCAAUGUCACCGCUGUUGACAGCUGUAACUCGUCUGGCUCUGGUGGUGAUAACCGCUUUGGAGGCACAAUUGUUCCUUAUGGUUUUUCCGGUGAUGUUCAACUCACCGGUGAACUCUGUGUUCCGUAUGAUGAUAUGGCGGAACUGGAAUGGCUUUCGAAUUUCGUGGAAGAUUCAUACUCCGCUGAAGAAGAAUUGAAAACAUUGCAACUUCUCUCCGGCGCCGGUGCGGUUAAACCGCAAACACCGGAAUCUUCAUCUUCCACCGACACACUUCCGUCAUUUUCCACUGACGAAACCGCUCGUAACGCUUCAUUUCUCCGUCCAGAAACACCUCUACCAGGAAAAGCACGUAGCAAACGCUCACGCGCUGCACCUGGCGACUGGUCCACGCGCCUACUUCAUCUCCCCGACGCGCCACCCAAAAAUUAUCCAAUUGUGAAGAAGCGUGAGGAUCCGAAUGUGGAAUGUUCUGGAAGAAAAUGUCUCCACUGCGGCACGGAUAAGACGCCGCAGUGGAGAACAGGACCGAUGGGACCGAAAACACUAUGCAAUGCUUGUGGUGUGAGGUUUAAGUCCGGUAGGUUGGUGCCGGAGUAUCGACCAGCGGCGAGUCCAACUUUUGUAUCGGCGAAGCAUUCGAAUUCUCAUAGGAAAGUUUUGGAACUUCGAAGACAAAAAGAGAUGCAAAGAUCAUCACAGCAUCAUCAUCAUCAUCAACAUCAACAGCUUCUGAGUCACAGUUCAAUUUUCGGCGUUUCAUCUAACGGUGGAGAUGAUUUCAUCAAUUAUCAUCAUCAUUGUGGGCCAGAGUUUAGACAUGUUAUCUAGUGAGUGCUAGUGUAGCAUAGUUUAAUUUAGGGUGCAGUUUCUUAAAUUAAUUUCUUCUCUAAGUUUAAAUUUUAAACUAUUUUCUGCUUUGGCACUCUAAUUUUGUCUUAUAAAAAAUUUGAAUUUGAAUUGUAGCUUUUUUUUGAAUUUGAGCUUUUUCCUUUAAAGGGGGAAAAGAUAAUGUAGAAUUAUGGUGAGGGGAUAAGAGGUUUAUUCAGUUGUAGAAUCAAAUCUUUGAUUAAUUUCCUUGCUGAAUUUGGCAAAUUUAGAAUUAAAA